AUGGCUCGCGGGAACGCGAAAGCGAACGCGCAAGAAAAGAACGCGAAGAAGAACGCGGGGAAGAAGGAGGCCAAGUCCGACCUGAAAGCUCGCGCGGCGGCGUUCAAGGCGUCGUGCCCGAUCUGCGCGGCGCAAUUGAUAAACUACAACAUGAUGAAGGUGCACUACGAGGCGAAGCAUCCGAAGGAGACGUGCCCGCCGCCGCCGGAGUCAUGA